AUGAAUUUCGAUGAGAUUUUCGAAAUUGUUGACCGCGGAAAAUCGGCCGAUGUUAUCACUCAGAGUUCAUUCGAAUCCUUGAUGAUUUCUCCGACCACACUUCAACGAUUACGAACGCAUGGCUACAACACACCAUCGCCGGUGCAAGAGAAGGCGAUUCCCGUUGGGUUAGUCGGCAGAGAUAUGCUGGUUCAAGCGAAAUCGGGAACGGGUAAAACGCUAGUAUUUGCCGUACUAGCAGUGGAGAAUGUCGAUCCCAAGCGGCGAGCAAUUCAGAAGUUAAUUAUUGCGCCUACAAGAGAAAUUGCAUUCCAAAUCAAGGAAACAAUGCGUAAAAUUGCACCAAAAGACGCCAGGCUCAAUGUCUUUGUGGGCGGGACAAACCUAAAGGAUGACGAGCAAAUAUUAAAGACUAGACCACCUCACAUCGUUAUUGGCACCGCAGGCCGCCUAUGUCAACUAGUCAAUAAAAAACUUUUAGAUCUUUCUCAUAUCGAUUUAUUUGUUCUCGACGAAGCUGACAAAUUGAUGGAUGAUUGCUUUCAAGACGAUAUUCAUUUUUUGAUCUCCUGUCUACCUCCAAUGCGACAAGUCGCCGUAUUUUCAGCAACUUAUCCAAGAGAACUCGACAAAUUGCUUGCAUCAUUCCUGAGAGAUGCCGCUUUCGUGCGCUUCAAUUCGGAAGACGUUCAACUCGUCGGAAUAAAACAAUACGUCAUCACCGAUUGCUCACCAAUGAGCACAGCACUUCCAGCGUUACUAGGAAAAAUUCAAUUCAGUCAAGCUUUAGUUUUCUGCGACUCGGUGGAUAAAUGCCAGCCGACUUGCAGUACACUUGUCAAAAGCGGUUUUGAAGCUGCAUAUAUUUCCAGCGCGAUGCCACAAAAAGAGAGGCAAGCUGCCAUUGAUAAAUUGCGAAAUUAUCAUGUAAAAGUGCUGGUUUCAUCAGAUUUGACAUCACGCGGAAUCGAUGCCGAUCGUGUAAAUCUUGUUGUAAAUAUUGAUAGUGCAAUCGAUCCGGAAACCUAUUUCCAUCGAAUUGGUAGAGCUGCUCGUUUUGGUGGACAAGGCGCUGCUGUCACACUGCUCGAAACUGCCGGCUCGGCGCGUUGCUUCCGCGCGAUGGCCUCCAAGGGAAAAAUCAAUGUGAAAUUGGCGAAAAUUGAUGAACUCCCGUACAAUUUGACAACGAAUUUUUCAUUUCACGAAUGUUGCCCGCCAUUUGUUGAUCUCAAGAAGAAAUGCUCGAAUAACGCGUAUUUAAAUAAUAUGCCGACUAGAGAAGAAGCUGUGGAGAAGUUGGCCGAAGAAAGAAAUUUUGAAGACGUUGUUUAUAAGUAUGACAGGGAGAAAAUAAUGGGAUUAAAGCCGUUUGCCUCAACAUCCUUCGCGGAAUCCCUCAAAAAGAAGGAUAAAGAGAAUGAAAGCGAUAAAGAGAAUCAGAAUCAGAAUGAAGACGAGGUUGAGGAACAUAAAAAAUCAUAUGAAGAGGAACUGAAAUCGCUAAAAAAUGCGCUCUCGAUGCCGAAGAAUAAUGAGAAAGCGGAAAAUGUGACGACCGAUGAAACUGUCGAGGUUAAGCCGAAAUAUAAAUUUGUGCCAACUCGCCAAAAGGCGAACAAAAAAUUUUACAUGAGAGGAGAAUUAUUGAGAAUUCGCGAUUCUGUGGAUGCCGACGGAUGGAAAGCUUUCGCUGAGUCGAAGUAUGAUUUGAAAGAAGAUCCAUUCAUUUUGGCACCGGUCCAAGAGAAUGAGUCUCAGGAACCUGUGGAAGAGCAAAAGAAGAAGAAACCGGCAAAAAAGUCGAAAAAGAAGAAUGAGAAGAAAACUCAGAAAAAUGAAGUGGAAAAAGUGUAUAAUGAUGGCGUUUUGAGAUAUAAUCGAGCCGAAAUGAUUAAGAUUCAGACAGAUGUCCCGAAAAAGGCAUGGAUUCCGUUUAUAAAAUCGAAAUACGAUACCAGUGAGGAGCCUUGGGAGCUGGAUCAACAUUUGAGAUGUAGUUUUGAGGAGAGAUUGAGACGGAUUCGGGCGAGGGAAAAAGCGGAAAGAAAAAAGGUGCUUGAGGAUAGGAAGAAGGCUAGAUUAGAGCGGCCGCAAAUUUUUUCAAGCGGUCGAAAUGCUGUGGUGAUUGAAAUUCAGGAAGACAGCUUCCGAACGUACAGUGAACGAAUUCGGAGGGAGUUUGAAGAAUUCAAAAUUGAGAAUGCGGAUAAGGAAGCCAGGAAGGAACGCGUUGGACCAGCGGUGCCAGAACGUGAUCCGCCAGCGGUUUGGGAGUAUCGUUGUCACAUCUACGCGGAACGAAUUGCGCAAAUUGAGAAAAUGUUGGUUUACGAUGUGGAUUUGAAGAAUGAGCUUCGAGCGGAAUCUGGCGAUCAAACUGAGCGUGAAGCGGUCAAGGAGUUCGUCGAAACUUCGAUUCAAACAGAUGAGGUUGAAAUUGCGAAGAAGACAUUGGAUGAAUUGAAUAUUGGUGAAGAAAGUAGUCAGGAAGAGGAUGAGGAAUCCAUUCGGGAGCCGGUGGAAUCUGACGAGAAUGAUUAUUAUGAGCUUCGAGACACAGCGGAGCAAUACCGCAGAAAUGUCGACUUUAGAACGAUGCCUCCAGCGAAUAAGAAAGGUGGAAAGAAGGGCGGAAAUAAUGCGAAAUCGGCGCCCGUCGAUGAGGAUUUUGAUGCGAUUCUAGCCGAAUUGGAUUUGCAGGAUAAGAAGACUGCCGAGAAGGAGGCAAAAAAGAAGCCGAAUAAGAAAGGAGGAAAAGCGAAUGAGCCGGCUUCUGUUGCUGCCGAAGUACCAGUUGAGAAGAAGAAUGAGUGGCUCGCUGAGAUCGAGGCGAUGAUCCCAAUCGAUGAGCAGUUUCCUGAUGGCAAAUAUCCAGUGUCCAAGGAUAUUUCGAAUUACUAUUUGAAAGGAAAAGACGGCCGUGUUGCCACCGAUCGCGAAACGAAAGAGGAGAAAAAGGCUCUCGACAUGAGCUACGAGGAAGUGUGGCAGGAUUAUCGACGAUCCGCCGAAGCCCAUCGACAAGUGCGCAAAUACGUCAAUUCGUGGAUCAAGCCUGGAAUGAGCAUGAUCGAGAUUUGCGAGCGCCUCGAGGCCACCUCGCGUCGUCUCAUCAAAGAGAACGGAUUGGAAGCUGGUCUGGCGUUUCCGACUGGGUGCUCGUUGAAUCACUGCGCCGCUCACUACACGCCCAAUGCCGGUGACACCACUGUGCUUCAAUAUGGCGAUGUUUGCAAGGUUUGUCGUUUUUUUUUAAUUGCAAACAAUUGCAAUAAGUAA